AUGGACGUCGACAACCCCAUCCCCCAGGACCAAUCCGACGUCGAAGACACCAAGCAACGCACCCUCAACCUCUGCGAGAAAUACGACCAGCAACUCAAGAUCUACAAAAGCAUGAUCAAGGAGAAGGACGAGCAAGUCAGGCUGUUGAAGGAUAUCCAGGCAGCCAACGAAAGAAAAAUCGCGCAGCUAGAGAAGCAGCUGGAAGAGAGUCUCGCUGAGCUACAGCAGCUGCAAGACCAGGUCACCGGGCCUGACGACAGGAGUGCAGAGCGGUAG